AUGUUCUAUAAUGGAGUCAACGCACCUAGUCGUAUGAUGUUGGAUGCUUCAGGGAAUGACAUUUUUCUUGACAAAUCACCCAAGGAAGCCUUUGAUAUUCUUGAUCGGAUAACUAACAACGACUAUCAAUUCCUGCCUACAAGGAUUGGAACUGGUAGGAAAAUAUCUAAGGCGUAUGAACUUGACGGAAGUCUCCCUGGUGAUACUGAGGUCACUAAGCCUCAUGGAAAGGAGCAAUGCAGUGCGCUUACACUUAGGAGUGGUACCCAAAUUAAUAUCGAUGAUAAGUUUGGGGAAAGAAGUGAGAAAUUUCUCGCCAAGGCAUUAUACAUGAAGAACCAGAAGGCCACGCCGCCUUUCCCUCAGCGGUUGAAGAAGCAUAAUGACGACAUCCAUCUCAAAAAGUUUGUUGAUGUCCUUGAUAAACUGUAUAUCAAUGUCCCACUGCUCGAAGCUAUUGAUCAGAUGCCUCCUUACACCAAGUUCUUGAAGGAUAUUGUCACGAAUAAGAGAAAGGUGGAAAUAUUAGAAAAUGUUACCACAACAACAAAAUAUUGUUUGGCACUAAGUAAACUUCCGCCGAAGCAAAAAUAUCCUGGAAGUUUUGUUAAACCAUCCUCUAUCAGUGAUAAUCAUGUUGGGAGAGCCCUUUGUGACUUGGGGUCAUACGUAAACCUGAUGCCCAAGUCCAUAUUUUUGAAACUUCAAAUGAGUAAUGCUCAACCAACCAACGUGAUUUUGCAACUGACUGAUCGAUCACAUGUUCAUCCCGAGGGUGAAAUUGAAGAUAUGAUAGUUAAAGAGGACAAGUUUAUCUUUCUAGUAGAUUUCCUUAUUUUAGACUGUGAGACCAAUGAAAAUGCACCUAUUAUUCUUGGGCUUCCUUUCUUAAUCACUGGGCACCUCUUAAUAGAUUGCGAGAAAGGAGAGUUUACGAUUAGGGUGACUGAUCAAAGCGUCACUAUAAAUGUCUUCAACACUCUUAAAUAUAUUGAUGAUUUUGAAUAA